UCUAAUCUUUUCGCGCUUAUAUCCAGCACCCUUUCACGCGCCUUGCUCUUGUCUUGUCUUGUCUUGUCUUCGCUGCACAACCAGCGAGUCGAGGUCCACUUCAAGCUUCAGAAACCUACACCCUCGAACCCAGCUUCAAUAUCAGCCGCAAAUAUGGACGAAUACGAGGACUACGAGUACGAUGCCACGUACGAAGAUGGCGGCGAGGAGGGCAUCACCCCCGAGGAUUGCUGGACAGUCAUUUCAUCCUACUUCGACACCAAGGGUCUUGUAUCUCAACAAAUUGACUCGUUCAACGACUUUCAGGAAACCACGGUGCAAGAAUUAAUCGACGAGUAUUCACACAUCAGUCUCGACCAGAACAACCCGCCAGAUUCCACCCCCGAUCGUCCCAUCGCUCUUCGUCGGUAUGAGCUCAAGCUCGGCCACAUUGCCGUCUCGAGACCCGUCAUCACCGAAGGAGAAGGUAUCAUGGCACCGCUUCUGCCUUACGAAUGUCGAGACCGUAACCUUACAUACUCGGCUCCGCUUUAUGUCAAGAUCACCCAGAAGCGAUCCGUCUGCGUGGAAGUGCCCAUCCCCAACGACGAGCUCGACGAUGAGCAGUACCAAGAGUUCAAGCGCACUGGCGAACAGCCCACCCGCUUGGCUUGGGAGGAAGAGGAUGUCCCGAUUCCCGCCACCGUCAAGGACAACAAUACCAAGGAUAAAGAUCCCGACAUGGUCUUUAUUGGCAAACUUCCCGUCAUGGUCAAGUCCAAAGCCUGCCACUUGGCUCACGAGACCGAAGACGACUUGUUCCUUCUCAACGAGUGUCCUUACGAUCAAGGUGGUUACUUCAUUAUCAACGGAAGUGAGAAGGUCCUGAUUGCCCAAGAACGCUCUGCUGCAAACAUCGUCCAGGUUUUCAAGAAGGCCCAGCCAAGUCCUUACUCCUAUACGGCCGAGAUUCGAAGCGCGCUUGAGAAGGGUUCGAGACUGAUCUCUUCACUCAUGCUCAAGUUGUACACUAAGGGAGGAGCUACUGGUGGUAUUCAUGGCCAGACUAUCGCCACCACUUUGCCCUAUGUGCAAUCCGAUCUGCCCAUCGCCAUUGUCUUCCGUGCCCUCGGUGUCGUUUCUGACGAGGACAUCCUGAACCAAAUUUGCUACGACCGAAACGACAGUCAAAUGCUUGAAAUGCUGCGACCCUGUAUCGAGGAGGCUUUCUGCAUUCAGGACCGAGAAGUCGCGCUGGACUUUAUCGGUAAGCGUGGCAACCAAGUCUCUGGUUUCACCCGGGACAGGCGUGUGCGGGCCGCCAGGGACAUUUUACAGAAGGAGACUCUGCCUCACAUUUCCCAAACCGAGGGUUGCGAGACGAGAAAGGCCUUCUUCUUGGGUUACAUGGUCCACAAGCUCCUGCAGUGCGCACUGGGCCGGAGAGAUACCGAUGACCGUGAUCACUUUGGCAAGAAGCGUUUGGAUUUAGCCGGUCCUCUCCUGGCCAAGCUGUUCCGCAAUAUUGUUCGGAAGCUAACCAACGAGAUUACCAUGACUCUCAAGCGCUGCGUUGAACAGAACAAGGACUUCCAAGUCCAGUUUGGUAUCAAGUCUGGUAUUGUUACCAACGGUUUGAAGUACUCUCUCGCUACAGGAAACUGGGGCGAUCAAAAGAAGGCCAUGAGCUCGACAGCCGGUGUCUCUCAAGUUUUGAACAGAUACACGUUCGCUUCUACAUUGUCGCAUUUGCGUCGUACCAACACCCCUAUCGGCCGUGAUGGCAAGCUUGCCAAGCCUCGUCAGCUGCACAAUACCCAUUGGGGACUGGUUUGUCCGGCAGAAACGCCAGAAGGCCAAGCUUGUGGCCUUGUCAAGAAUCUGUCUCUCAUGUGCUCGGUCAGUGUGGGCACAAGUACUGAGCCCAUUAUUGAUUACAUGAUCACUCGAAACAUGGAGGUGCUUGAGGAGUACGAUGCUGUGCGCUACCCUAACGCUACCAAGAUUUUCCUUAACGGUUCCUGGAUUGGUGUCCACCAAGAUCCGAAGUCAUUGGUGAGGGAUGUACAACAGCUGCGUCGCAGCAAUCAAAUCCCCUCCGAAGUCUCUCUGGUCCGUGAUAUUCGUGAUCGUGAGUUCAAGAUCUUCUCCGAUGCUGGCCGUGUCAUGCGUCCGUUGUUCGUUGUAGAACAAGAGGAGGACCCUGAUCGGGGCGUGGAAGUUGGCAACCUGGUGCUUAGCAAGGACAUGGUUCGGAAACUCGAGAGAGAUGCGACGCUACCGGCUGACAGUGAGGACUUCUAUGGCUGGGAAGGUCUCGUGGGCGAUGGUGUCAUUGAAUACCUUGACGCUGAAGAAGAGGAGACAGCCAUGAUCUGCAUGACUCCUGAAGAUUUGGAAACAUAUCGACUGGCCAAGCAGGGUAUCGAUGUCACCCAGGACACGAGCGAGGAUGCAAACGCCCGUCUCAAGACAAAGUUGAACCCGACAACGCACAUGUAUACACAUUGCGAGAUUCAUCCUAGUAUGCUCUUGGGUAUUUGCGCCAGUAUCAUUCCUUUCCCUGAUCACAACCAGUCCCCUCGUAACACUUACCAGUCUGCCAUGGGUAAGCAGGCCAUGGGUUUCUUCCUGACGAACUACAACCGACGUAUGGAUACCAUGGCAAACAUUCUCUACUACCCUCAGAAGCCUCUUGGUACGACCCGAUCCAUGGAAUUCCUCAAAUUCCGAGAAUUACCUGCUGGCCAGAAUGCCAUCGUAGCCAUUUCUUGUUACUCUGGGUACAACCAGGAAGAUUCCGUUAUCAUGAACCAGAGCAGUAUCGAUCGUGGUCUGUUCCGAAGUCUGUUCUUCCGAUCAUACAGCGACUGCGAGAAGCGUGUUGGCAUCAACACCAUCGAGCAGUUUGAGAAACCAUUCCGAUCUGACACGCUUCGCCUGAAGCACGGCACUUAUGACAAGCUUGACGACGAUGGCAUUGUCGCUCCUGGCGUCCGUGUAAACGGAGAAGAUAUCAUCAUUGGAAAAACGUCUCCUAUCAAUCCCGACAACGAGGAAUUUGGCCAGCGCACCAAGGCACAUCAGAAGCGCGAUGCUUCUACACCUCUUCGUAGCACAGAAAGUGGUAUCAUUGACCAGGUCAUCAUGACUACUAAUGCCGAUGGUCUUCGGUAUGUCAAGGUCCGUGUGCGAACUACGAAGAUUCCCCAAAUUGGCGACAAAUUUGCUUCUCGUCACGGUCAAAAGGGUACCAUUGGUGUCACUUUCCGUCAGGAAGAUAUGCCAUUCAGUCGGGAGGGUAUUGUCCCCGAUAUCAUCAUCAACCCUCACGCUAUUCCCUCGCGUAUGACUAUUGCUCACUUGGUCGAGUGUCUACUGAGUAAGGUGGCCACAUUAAAGGGCCUAGAAGGUGACGCUACCCCAUUCACCGAUGUUACGGUUGACUCCGUGUCGUCGCUCCUGCGCGAGCACGGCUACCAAUCUCGUGGUUUCGAGAUCAUGUACCAUGGCCACACUGGAAAGAAGCUGAGGUCACAGGUCUUCUUUGGUCCUACCUAUUACCAACGUCUUCGUCACAUGGUGGACGACAAAAUUCACGCUCGUGCACGUGGCCCCGUGCAGAUCAUGACACGUCAACCCGUGGAAGGUCGUGCCAGAGAUGGUGGUUUGCGAUUCGGAGAGAUGGAACGUGACUGUAUGAUUGCUCACGGUGCUGCUGCUUUCCUGAAGGAGCGACUUUUUGAGGUCUCGGAUGCUUUCAGAGUUCACGUCUGUGAGAUCUGUGGUCUCAUGACACCCAUCGCGUAAGUGAAUUGAAAAUCGACCCAUCACAAUCAUGACUCUCCUUUGCUCCAUGCUAACUGAAUACAGGCAUUUGACGAACCAGACGUUCGAAUGCAGGCCCUGCAAGAACAAGACCAAGAUCGCUCAAAUCCACAUCCCUUACGCCGCCAAGCUACUCUUCCAGGAGCUGCAGGCCAUGAACAUUGCUAGUCGUAUGUUUACAGACCGGUCAGGCGCCUCCGUCAGGUAGUGUGCUGCACGUGGCAAAGCACGUGUGGUUCUAUGACUGGUGCGAUAAGAAGCUUGCAUCUAAACAUCAGUAAUUUGGAUUGCU